GCUUGGCGGGGGAAGAAGGAAGCCGUACGAGCCGUACGCAGGCGUGCGUCGCUGUGGCCGUAUAAAAACCCCGGGAACCCGGCAACUUGCUAUGACUGGUGCUGACAGUAUCAAGCGUGCGAAGAUGGCCUCGUCUCUGGAUCAGCUGAAGGAGGUCACGACCGUUGUCGCCGACACGGGAGACUUCGAAGUGAUGAAGCAGUACAAGCCAACAGACGCCACAACGAAUCCAUCGCUCAUUCUGGCCGCCUCCAAGCUUCCCCAGUACGCUCAUCUAGUGGACGAAGCUGUCCAGUAUGGCAAGACUAAAGGAAAGACUGUGGAUGAACAGGUGGUCCAUGCCAUGGACAAGCUGGUGGUUCUCUUUGGCACAGAGAUUCUCAAGAUCAUCCCCGGCAGAGUGUCUACUGAAGUUGAUGCCAGGCUGUCAUUCAACAAAGAGGCGUCCAUUGCCAAAGCUUUGCAUCUCAUCGCCUUGUACAAAGAGCACGGCAUCGACAAGAAACGCAUCCUCAUCAAGCUGGCCUCCACCUGGGAAGGAAUUCAGGCCGCCAAAGUUCUGGAGUCUCAACAUGGUAUCCACUGCAACAUGACCCUGCUGUUCAACUUCACACAGGCGGUGGCGUGUGCGGAGGCAGGCGUGACGCUCAUCUCGCCCUUUGUGGGGCGCAUCCUGGACUGGCACGUGGCUAACACCAACCAGAAAAGUUUUGAGCCCCUGGAGGACCCAGGCGUGAAGAGCGUGACGCGCAUCUAUGAGUAUUACAAGCGGCACGGCUACGCGACCGUCGUCAUGGGGGCGUCGUUCCGCAAUGUGGGACAGGUGCGCGCCCUGGCCGGCUGCGACCUUCUCACCAUCAGCCCUGGACUCCUGUCCGAGUUGGCUAACUCGACCGAGCCCAUUGUCCACCACCUGUCCGAAGAUAAGGCCAAGAAGUUGGACUUGAAGAAGGUCGAAGUCAACGAGCCAACCUUCCGCUGGGAGCUGAAUGAAGACCAGAUGGCAACUGACAAGCUGUCGGAUGGCAUCCGCAAGUUCGCUGCCGACGCUGUCAAGCUUGAGAACAUUCUCCGCGAGAAGCUCAAGUGAUUGUGGUUCAUCGAUGGAGGCCUUCACAUAGGAUGGCACUUCAGCGCCGUCAUCGGUUGUCAGCUUGACUUGCCUGUCAUCACCCCCACUCGCCCCCCCACACACCUUCUUUUGCACAAUGUGUGCCCUUAUGGUGAUAUGCUGGGAGCAAAUUUCAAAGAAGCAAUUAUAUUUUUAAUGUGACUUUUGAGUACAGAAAGUUUUGCUAUGAAAAAUUAAAGCCACCUUUCGCAAUAUAACGUGUUGAGAGAUGUUUUGUUGGUAGAGAAUAAAGAUAUUUUUUUUGUUGGCCGAAA